AUGGCUCAGGAGGGUCGUAAGGAACCAACGGUUAGUUUGAGACUUAUCAUUGAUGAAGAGAAAAACAAGGUCGUCUUAGCUGAGGCUGGUAAAGAUUUUGUUCAAGUUCUCUUCACAUUUUUGACACUGCCAAUGGGAACAAUCGUCAGAUUGCUUGAGGAGCAUCAAGACUCUGAGCCAGUUACUGUUGGAUGUCUUAGCAACCUUUAUAGAAGUGUUGUGGACAUGAAAAUCGAUGAUUUUGAGACUGAAGCUUGUAAGCAGAUGUUGCUGUAUCCCAAGAACAUUAGGGAAUCUCGAUACAUAAACUUUAAGCUCAACAUAGACCCUACUGAGAGAUUCAAGUGCUUUGGGUGCCUAUUUUUCCGUAUCUGUAGAAUGUCCAGUAAUUUUGACACGUCCCUAUGUAAGUGCGGAGAGGUGAUGAAUGAGGAGAUAAGUUUCUCACAAUAUGAAGAUAGCAUGCAAAAUGAUGUCGGUGGAGUGUUUAGCAGAGACAAGUCGUUUAUCAUAACCGACGACUUGACUCUGACGGAUGACUCUACUAGUUCUUUCUUGCAAACACUCAAAGAUAUUGGUUGUACUGAUGUUAGUAAGCUGAGAGAAGAGGUUCUCCAUAUCGGUCUCAAAGAGGCUAUGACGUUGCUGCAAUGUUUAUUCACCUCAAGUGCACCUUUGACGGAUACUUUCUUGAAGAAUCAAAGUUCACACGUAAUGAGGAAGAUUUAUAGAAAGCCGAGUCCAUGCAUGGAGGAUAAAGGAGAUAAAGCAGAACCAGACGAAGUCAUAACUUUUGAUGCAAUCGUAAGGAGACAGGACAUGAAGAUUUUGUACGUUGAGUGCGGUGAAGACUUUGUUGAUCUUCUUUUCACUUUUCUCGCCAUUCCUCUGGAAUCUACGUGGGAAAUCUCAGGCAACAAUAUCACAUUAGGUCGAAUUGGGAACUUGUGCAGAAGCUUCAAAGACUUGAAUGCUAAUGAGGGGACUGAAGUGUCGUCAACAACAUCCGAAUGUAUGCUUCCGUAUUAUUACAGGUGCAAGAAACAGUUGCUCAAUAUCAGAACUCCUACACCAAGACUUUACUUAAGCCGGAGUUAUGACUGGACACUAUCUUAUUCUCGAAGCUUUGUUUUGACUACAAAACGUAAUAGCGAGCGCAUGAGUUUUGUGGAUCCAAAAUCUGAUUUCUGUGAUCGGUCAAAAGAUGGUAAAGGGUUUGUGAAGAGAGGGACAAAGUUUACUGUGUCAGAUGAUCUGAUCGUAACACCUAAGAACUCCAGCUCAACCUUUUCUGUAUUGAAGAUGUUUCGAAUUCACACAGAUGAUUUGGAGGUGCAAGCAAUUACAAUCAGCAAUGCAGAGGCUUUGAAUCUGUUGAGUGCUUCAUUGGUGACAUCCUCUGCUUUGAGCUCUGCUUUUGGGAAUUUGAUUAUGAAGAAACCGAAGGAAGAGAAAGUUUCAUGGAACCCCGUUUUAAAGAAACCAAAAGUAGAAACACAAAGGUGGAGAGAGCCCUGA